UCAUUGACAGGUGGGGCCUAUCUCCUGACGGGUCGCACGGUCAGGUUUGCCGCCGGCCGUCUGGACGUUCGACCGGCGUCGAUCGAUCCUCACGUGCGCAGGCACCUGUCUUGGUGCACCAGCGAGGAAUCCGUGCACGGGGAGCCAUGUUGCGGUGCGGCGGCGACCGCGUCGUCAUCGUCGGCGGCGGCAUCGCCGGCGCCCUCCUCGCCAAGACGCUUCAGGCUCACGCCGACGUCGUCCUCAUUGACCCGAAGGAGUACUUCGAGAUCCCGUGGGCGAACAUGCGUGCCAAGGUGGACCCGGCGGCGGUGGAGCGCACCGUGAUCCCGCACUCAGACUACCUCACCCACGCCAAGGUCGUGACGGCCUCGGCCGUCGGCGUCGACGACUCCGUCGUGCUCACCUCCGUCGGCCGCACCGUCGGCUACGACUUCCUCGUCAUCGCCACGGGCCGCAACUGCACGCGCCCCCAGAGGCGCUCCGACCGGCUCGAGAUGUUCCAGCGAGACAAGGAACGGAUCGCCGCCGCGGGCUCCGUCCUCAUCAUCGGCGGCGGCCCCAUUGGCGUCGAGCUCGCGGCGGAGAUCGCCAUGGAUAGCCCCGACAAACGCGUCACUCUCGUGCACGGCGGGCCGCGGCUGCUCAAGGUCAUGGGCACCCGCGCGUCGGCCAAGGCGCUCGAGUGGCUCCGCUCCAAGAACGUCACCGUGCUGCUGGACCAGACCGUAGACGUCGAAGAUCUUGCAGGCUCCGGCUCUGGGGAAGACGAGAACGGCCGGGUCUUCACAACGUCUGCCGGAGAGACAGUGACCGCCGACUGCCAUUUCGUGUGCACAGGACGGCCCGUGGCCUCCGGGUGGCUGCGGGGCUCGUUCCUCGCUGACCACGUUGACGCCGACGGACGGCUGGCGGUGGACGAGCACCUGCGCGUGGGCAGGCUCAAGAACGUGUUCGCCAUCGGCGACAUCACUGACGUGCCAGAGGCGAAGCAGGGGUACCUGGCGCAGCGGCAAGCCAUGGUGGUGUCCCGGAACCUGCGGCUGUUGCUCAAGGGCGCCGGACUGGAGCACAAGCUGCACCGGUACAAGGCCUCCAAGGCCGCCAUCACUGUCACGCUCGGCCGCCGCGACGCGUUGUCGGAGCUGCCGUUCAUGACGCUCAUUGGCCACAUCCCCGGCGCCGUCAAGCCGCGGGACCUCUACGUGUCGCGGACGCGAAGGAUGAUGGGGCUCAGUUGGAACGGCUGAAUCCUGGUCGAGCCAUCCGUGGUCAAAAUUAUGCGCUGCGCCGAAACGACCCGACGGCCAUGGUGUUAGUCAGACGAUAUAGAUCGAAACUUACCUGAUCUCUUGCUACGUCUUAGAAAUCUUUGAUCGUGUCGACUGAUGCAUAUAAUGGCAUACAUGUAACAGAAUGAAGCAAACUAACAUACAAAGUACAUUGUACUGGUUUUUGCAGUUUGAGAAUCGUCUCAAAUUGAAAAAAAUAAUGCUGCUCCA